AUGCCACCUUUGGUAGAGUUUGACCAUAUGGCCUACCUUCGGAACAACAGCAAGUUGUUCUCGGUGGAUCGCGAGGAGCUCGAUGCCGCCGAGAAGGCGUGUACUCGGGCCUUGGAGACUGGUCACGGCUGGGAUGAAGCACUCGCUCACUUCGAGGCGCUUGUCCAGUGUGACGUCCGGCAAUACGAGGAGUUCAUUACUCAAGAGUGGUUGCAGUAUCGUCGUGUGCGGGCCGCCAUGAUCGAGGAGCGCAUGCCGGUGGAUACCGUCCUCAAGUUCGAGCAGUCUGUUUUCCGCACCACAGGCACCACAUACUUUUCGAUGAAGCGCAAGUCGGUGGAUCCCGCCGACGGUCGUGAGAAGAGGCUCAAGGACGCCGAAUGGGGCUCGAUGAAGCGCAAGCCGGGGGACGCGGACGGUGCUCCGGAGCAGGCUCCGCUUGAGAAGAAGCAGAAGACGAGUGUCGGUGGGUAUCGCGGUAACGGGGCGUAA